GGGGCCGGGCCCGGGGCCGCUGACAGCCGCCGCCGCGCCAUGUACGCCAAGGGCAAGGGCUCCGGCGUGCCCUCGGACGGCCAGGCCCGCGAGAAGCUGGCACUUUACGUCUACGAGUACCUGCUGCACGUGGGGGCCCAGAAAUCCGCCCAGACCUUCUUGUCGGAGAUCCGAUGGGAGAAGAACAUCACGCUGGGGGAGCCCCCCGGCUUCCUGCACUCCUGGUGGUGCGUUUUUUGGGAUCUGUACUGCGCUGCUCCGGACCGCCGGGAGACCUGCGAGCAUUCCAGCGAGGCCAAAGCCUUCCAUGACUACAGCGCGGCGGCAGCGCCCAGCCCGGUGAUGGGGAACCUGCCCCCCGGGGAUGCCAUGUCCGGGGGUCCCGUGCCCCCCGCCUUCUUCCAGCCCUUCAUGUCCCCCCGCUACCCCGGUGGCCCCCGGCCCCCGCUCCGGAUGCCCAACCAGCCCCCCGUGGGUGUUCCUGGCUCCCAGCCGCUGCUGCCCAACGCCAUGGACCCGGCUGCGCGGUCGCAGGGGCAUCCUGGGAUGGGGGGCCCGAUGCAGCGCAUGAACCCCCCCCGAGGCAUGGCCGGGAUGGGGCCGCAGAGCUAUGGCAGCGGGAUGCGCCCCCCCCCCAGCUCGCUGGCCGGCCCUGGGAUGCCCGCCAUGAACAUGGGUCCUGGUGGCCGCGGGCCCUGGCCCAACCCCAACGCCAACUCCAUCGCCUACUCCUCCUCAUCCCCUGGCAAUUACGUGGGCCCUCCUGGGGGCGGUGGCCCCCCCGGCACCCCCAUCCUGCCCAGCCCCGGAGACUCCACCAACUCCAGUGAGAACAUGUACACCAUGAUGAACCCCAUCGGACCCGCAGGGAACCGGCCCAACUUCCCGAUGGGGCCCGGACCCGAGGGGCCCAUGGGCGGGAUGAGCGCGAUGGAGCCGCACCACAUGAACGGAUCCUUAGGCUCCGGGGACAUGGAUGGGCUGCCAAAGAGCUCCCCCAGUAAUUUGGGGGCCCUGAGCAACCCCCCCGGGACCCCUCGCGACGACGCCGAGCUGAGCAGCAAUUUCCUAAAUCCCUUCCAAAGCGACAGCUACUCGCCCAGCAUGACAAUGAGCGUGUGAGCCCCGCGCCGAGGCCGCCGAACAGCCAGACGCCCUCUCACCCACCACCGAAAAAAAAAAAAAAAUUACAAAAAAAAAAAAAAAAAUUUAAUUACACCCAAAAAAACAAAAAAAAAUUUCAUAAUUUUAAUGAUCAGCCCACCCUCCCCACCCUCGUCUCACCCAAAUCCUGCCAAACAAACAAAAAAAAUAUUCAUAAUUUUAAUGAUCAGCCCACCCUCCCCACCCUUGUCUCACCCCACCUUCUCAGCACCCCUGGUUUACCCCUCCUCUUUUUAUUCUUUAUUUUUAAUUUUUUUUUUUUCCGAACGAACA